CGUCCACAUAAUGUAUCCCACACUUGGGAACCCAGAGUACAAGUGAACCGACCCCGAUUCAACUCCCACAAUACAUCAGACCGCAUCCGCGAGGGCUCAGCAGCACCCCCCAUGAGCAGCAAAAUACGCAAGGGACGGCGGUCAAUAUUUCGGGAAGAAGGGCUGUAUCUGAACACAGAAGACCACCAGGCUGGCAAUCGAGGCGACGACGUUGCUAAAGAUCGACAAAGCAACUGCGACGGACGCAACGAGCAGGAGUUCGGCGGCCUCACAGGCCUAUCGUCCUCGACACCAACUUCGCCAGUGACGACAAAUCCCAGGGAGAAGCACUCGUCCGAACGAUCUGAAGAUUCCGACGAUUCCUCGUCCAAGGGAAGAAUAGCCUGGCUGGCUCGGCUCGCAAUGGCAAAACGUCCUCGGAUAAAGUCCGCUGCGAGCGCCCCGCCUGCCACUGCCAUGUCAGGUGUCUCCAAGGUCGCCAUGAUUGCCCUCUUGAUCGCGCUGGUGCUGCCUGCUGCGCGGUACAAUAAUGGUCGCCAGACGAUGGAAAUGGGUGGUGCGGAUGCGAGGGCGUUGAACAAUCCGAGCCAGCCCAUCCUGGACAACAGACAAAACAGCCCAACUGAUGUGUGCGCACGGUGGUCUGGUCAAGGGGCCCUUCUCAACGGCACGUUUUAUUACUAUGGCGGCCGCAGCAAAACGGAGGGCGGCCAAACCGAGAAUCAAUGGAACAAUGAUCUUCUCACACUCGACCUGACAAAAUCGUGGGACGUCAGUUCCCCACCCUUAAAAGGCCUGCCUCAGCCUUCAGGCCCUCCAGCUGUAUCCUUGGGAUACCUCUGGAAUGACUACAAGCGCUUGUUCUUGUAUGGUGGACAAUACUCCGACAGCCCACCUACGACUCCGCAGCCCAUGUCCCUCUGGCAGUACGACAUUGCAUCGGCGAGCUGGAAACAGUUCCAAGACCCGAAAACUUCGGCGGGUAACUACUCUGAGCAGGCGGGGAUCAGCAUUCAAGGUGCUUCCGAGGGAGCGGGGAUCUCGGUGCCCGAACUUGGGGUCAGUUGGUACUUUGGCGGCCACCUUGACAUGUACACGACACCAGGGUGGACGGCAAACCGGACAUAUCUAAAGAGCCUUCUCGAGUUCACGCAUCCUGGGUACGCAAACAAUGGCGUCGACGCUCUGCACGCGGCUGGCGCCCCGGACGGUGGCGCCUAUCGGAAUAUUACACUUGGCGGCAUACAAGACGACGCCGGCUUCACCGAACGAGCCGACGGUGCAUUGGUCUAUGUGCCUGGCUGGGGCCCCAUGGGAAUUCUCCUCGGACUCGGAGGUGGUGUUGUCACUGAGGGAGAGACGCAGGAUGCAUUUGCGUCAAUGUCGACCAUCGAUGUCUACGACAUCAAGACGAGCGAAUGGUACCUCCAGGAGACACACGGAGAGGCCCCGCGCGUGCGUGUCAACCCCUGCGCCGUUGUCUUCUCCGCACCCGAUGCGAGCAGCUUCAACAUCUACAUGUAUGGGGGCCAGAACCUGCUCCCAUAUGGCCAGCAGACCCAGUACCAGGACAUGUGGAUUCUCACGAUUCCGUCGUUCACAUGGAUCAAGGUCGACCUUCCUGGCGGAGGACAGCCACUUGGAAGGUCAGGGCACAUGUGCGCUCCGCGAGACGGGCAGCUGGUCGUCUGGGGCGGCUUCACUGGGGACACCAGCUCCUGCGACAGUCCUGGCAUCUACAACUUUGACGCGUCCAGGCUCGAGUGGGCCAGCUCAUUCACUGCCGGCGAUCACGCAUCGGAUGCCCAUUCUGACAAUGGAGUACUCGCUGGCUCUUUUGGUUAUCAAGUUCCUGGCAUCGUCCAGUCCGUGAUCGGCGGUUCAUCCGAGGGCGGCGCGACAGUCACGGCGCCGGCCGUUGGCACACCCACUGCUGGGCCUUUCGCCACAGGGCAAGCACCCGUAUUCACGAUCACUGCGCCAGGUCAGACAGCCACUGUCACGAACGGCUCCCCAGGCGCCACCGGUGGAGCGGGCAGCGGCGGCGGUAGCGGCAGCGGCAGCAGCACCAGCCAUGAAGCACCAGGCGGACCCAACGGGGGCCUCAUCGCGGCCGGCGUCAUCGCUGGUCUCCUCGGUGCUGCAGCCCUCUAUCUCGGCUUCUGUGCCUGGCUGUACCGGCGCCAAGUGGAUGCGUACAAGCGCCACAUGGCUGUUGCCAACAGCUACAACAACGACGAGGACCACCUGCUUGGUCCCGAGACCGGAGCCGUAGGCGGCGGCAUGGGCGGCUUGAUGCGCGAGAAGCUCCGUCGCCACCACCGACGCGGAUCCAGCAGUGCCGAGGACAGCGGCGAGAAGUUUGCCUGGGUCGGCCAGCAGACGCUCGGCGAGCCGAAGUGGAUGCUCGACGGCAGCGGGGCGGACGUGAGUCCCGGGUCCGGCAUGACGGGAGUCAGCGGGAGCGGUGGACCCGGCGGCGCAGCGGGGGGCAGCAGCAGUGCCGGCCGGCACAGCGGCAGUGCCAACGGCAGUGGCGUCAAUGUGCCGGGAGUGAUUGGCAGCGCCGCAGGCAGUGGUGCCGCACCUCCUCCGUUACCUGGGCCCGGCUCCGCGGGGGCUGCCGCCUUUGCCGCUGCCGGCAGCGGCAUGCCACGGCCUAGCAUGGAGCGGAAUCCGUGGGGGACAGGCGCGCUGGGAUAUGACCCUGGUGCCUAUGGUGGUGUCAAUGCUGGUGGCGCGACUAAUGGUGGUGGUGGUGGGGGAGGCAUCAACAGGAACAAGUCGACUGCCACCCGGAGCACAGCGAGCGGCGCGUCCGAGGACGGCUUCAUGGACGGCCGGGAGCCGAGUUUCUUCAGCGUUGUGCUUGGACCGCGGAGGGCGCUGAGGGUGGUGAAUGGGAUCGAGGAGUGAGCGAGUUGGCUACAUCUGCAGAUUGUGUAUCAAUACGUACGGAGCAAGCGAGGGAUGUCAUUGAGCAUAUACAUGCCAGUAUGGACGGCAUUGUUUGAUACCACUUUUAGUUAUAUAUAUAUAUAUAUGUAAGAAACAGACUGUAAU